AAGUACACAUGUCGUAGAGAUAGUUGCAACGAUCAUGUGAUUCAUUGAAUAGCAACGGCUCGGCAAAGUCAUUCAGAAAUUUUUAUCGAUUUCACUAGUGCAACUUUAGCGAUUUUGAAGAAAAUGAACGUAAAAACCUAUUUAAUAUUUGUGUAUUUGUGUUCCAUUUUAACUGUUACUUAUUCUACUGUUGCUGCUGAAUGGAAAAUAAGCCAACUUGUUAACGGUUUAAUGAGCAAUUCUUCGGAAUCAGCGCCGACGAUAGAGGAGAGCGAUGAGGCAGAAGAAACUACCUGGACAAAUAUUAAUGCGCAGGUGGAUGUAGUCAUUCCGAUGGUUUUGAACCACUUAAAUGGUAUGCAGAUUGAACAUAUGCACUUACCGGAUUUGAGCGAGACUAUUUCUUUGACUCCAAUUUUGGCAGUGUACCAGGCCCAGCUGAUUUUAAGCAACGGAAUCGUAUAUAACGUCGAAGGGAUAAAGCGAGAGGGCAACGCUCUGAUGACAUACAGAGACAAGAUAUUUAUAAUUCGAUUCGACUUAAAAAUUAGCAAUUUACAGUUUGAAUACGACUUUCUUCUUCAAUUAAUGCCCGUUCAGGGAUAUGGAAAGGUAAUGGGUGCUUUAGAAGACACAAUUGUCCAUGCGGAGAUGUCAAUAGAUGUAACAAAUAUCAGCCUAACCCUCAACAAAUUUCGACUCGUCCAGUUUAGGAAAAUAUACGUUCAGUUGGAGCAGAUUCAAUUAAUACGACAGCUGACUGGCUUAAUUUUGACUCCAAUUACAAACUUGUUUAAAGAUCGGAUAACUACAUCGAUAUCGGACGGUUUGGAAAAGGAGAUGGGCACUAUUUUUGAGGAUUUUAAUGUCGGUGAUCCUUUACAACUCCGAAUGUUUGCAAAGAAGCUGCUAUCAGGAUUGACAGGUCAAUAAAUAAUAAAAAGUUUUAGUCCACUUUUUACGUGUGAUUUUAAAGAUUUCAUAGAAUGGCAGAAUGGCUCUUUUGUAUCGGAUUUAAAUAUUAUAUUAUUUUUAAAUUUAUUAUAUAUGUAUAUAAAUAUGAAUAAUAUGAUAAAAUGUAUGUAUGUAUAUGCCGCAUGAAUCAAAUUAAAUGUGAACAGUUACUCAUAAAAGUAUGUAUGCAGAAAAAAUAGUCCCAUGAAAGAGGAUUAUCAAUUCUCUAAAUCAGGAUUAGUUACACAGUGGAGCAAUAUUUGUAGUUGUGUAGAUGUACUUUGACCCUGUCAUUGUUGGAGAAGUCUUGAUCACUGCUUUACUUGCUGUGAGAAGAGUACACUGCUAUAUUGUGUAGCAAUUUUAUAAAUUACUACGAAAAUAUUUCUUUAAUAUUGCGUUUUUUUCCUUAUUCACUCAUACACGCUGAAUGUGAUGUCGACUUCUGCUAGCUCACCCAACAUCGCCCUUCUCCACGUUUUCUUUGGCCGACCGUGACCACUGCUCCCUCUCGUGUUCCAGUCCAGUGCCACUCUGAUGAUGCUAUCUGGUGGUUUUGUAAGCGUGUGGCUAUCCAUCGCCUCAUUCUUCGAUCUCCAUUUUCCGGAAUGCCGCCCUUGCUUUGUUUAGUCUGCAAUUGACAUCUUCAUUUACUCCGCCGUCGCCUGCAGCCGACAAAUUCCAUCGGGCACCCUUUAAUCCUUAUUUGUCAUGCUUUAUUGUGGUUGACUCUCAUAGCCUUCGUCUUGGCGCUGUUGAUCUCGAGUCCGACAGUGCAUGCCAGCGUGACUAGUCUGACCACCUUUGCUCGCAUGUCAGUGAGUUUGUGACAGAGGCGGCAGAUGUCAUCGGCGAAGUCCAGGUCCUCAAGAUGUCUGGUGAAACUCCAUUCGAUGCCUCUUAUUGAUCUAUAGUUUCAUCAAAUAUUUGUUAUACUUCCACUCUUUCUUCUGUUAUACUUAUACACCCGUGGAUUUGUAACACUACUACGGCUAUGCUUUGUUUUAUUCAAGCUCAAUGUUAGCUUUCCUUGUUCGUCUGACAUGCAAGAAAUAGGUAUGUAAGAGAAAAUAACGAUUUCCCACAUUUUGAGAGGGUUUCUUGAGCGCAAGUUGAUCGUAAUACCCAGCAUUAUACAGUACUCCUCGGACCCAUGGUGAAAAGAAUUGAGAAGGGGUGGCCAAUAACAGAUAAGCUGCCGUAACUAGGGCCACGAAGCGGUUUGUUUACGAAGAAACUAAGGUUGUGUUGGUGAUUUGCGAAAAAAUGAACCAAUGACACUUCAUUGCCGCUCAAAUUUCGGCUGCCGAUAAGAUUGUGUUAGUGACAUACGAAAAAAUCAGGACAGUCUUCGCUCAUAUUGCUUCAUUGAUAUCUGAACAACAACUGUUUGGACGAGUGUGUGUGUACAUGUGAAAUGAUCGUGCAGAAUUCGGUUGAAUCUCACUGCUAGCCGAAAUUCUCCUCACACUUUUCUUUUUCACCUUGUAAAUCUAUCAUCCUUGUCUCGAACCGUUUGUUAUUUUUUUAAGACCAGGCAUGUGCAUCGUUUUAACUUUUCUUAUUGGAAUGCGGCUUCGUGCUUUCUGAAUAUGUGGGACUGUGCAAGGCAAAUUUGACGUUUGAUAAUACGCGACGGUUGCUCAUUUUCUAUACCUUUUUGAAUUGGAAAGUGACUUAUUUUUCCCAACUUGCUUUUGAGAUUCAUUUUCCAAAUCCUACUUUGUAUAAUUAUUUAUCAAAUUUAAGGGGUUAUAUACCUUGUGUUUUUCAAAAAAAUCAAAAUAAAUUUUAUUUCUUUAUCGUAAAGUACAAUCCCUUGAGAACAUUUUCCAAAAAUUUCAUAGAGAUCUGAGCAAUAGAUCGAAAGUUACAGCGUUUUAAAUUGUGCGUCGUCACGUCCUGAGCGUACGGCCUCAUGCGGCGCUUGAAACUUUAAACGCGAUUAUCUCAAAAACGUGUUUUUCCAAAAAUGCUUUUGCGGUGGACGCGAUUGCAAAAAAAGUAUUCAACCGAUUUUUAUAAUUUUUUUUUUAAAUUGUUCGUAAUUGAUGUCGCCUCUUAGUGAACAAUCAACUUUUUAUGUAUAAAUUUUUAUUUUGCAGAUAUGAAUUUUUUAAUGCCAAUUUUAGGACUGUAGAAGUGGAGUUUUUUAAAAACAUGUUCCUAUUUUCACAAAAAUCAAAAUAUUUAAUAUAUUGAUCGUUCACUAAGAAGAUAUAACCCUAUACUAAUGAAAUCUUUUCAAUUUUUUGAUUUCAGUUGACUUGGUGGACUUGAAUCGCGUCCACCGCAAGCCUCUUCCAAAAAAAGGGUCUUGGGGGAAAACGCCAUAACUCCGCCAUUUUUAAAUAUUUUUACACAAACAAAGCCUUUUUUUUUUCUUUAAACAUUGUAAUAUCCAAUAAUAAAAACUUUUAUACAAUAAAAUUAUUGCUACAUAUCUUUAAAAAAAACCCAACUUUCGCUAAUUUCACCGGACCACAAGGUAUAUAACCCCUUAAAGGGUCUAGUAAAUGUGGUUAAUAUUUUUGUAUCUCGUUCAAACUUGAAAAGAAGCACUCGGAGAUUUGGUAACUCGUAAAGCCCUCAGGCUAAAAAACCCAUUGCGUUCAAAGCUCUAGAAAGUAAAAGGAUAGAUUGUCAAGGAGGAAUGGAGAGAAGUGAUAGAGAGAAAGAGAUAGAAUAUAAUAGAGACGGAGACAGAGAUAGCUAGACCUUUGAGAAUUUUCUAGAUUUUUUGACAAAUCUGAAAAUAUCCUCGAUUUUGACAGAACUAAUUUUACUCAUUCUCAUGACAUCAGCAUCUUACACUAGCAAAGGCGGGGUACGCACAGAGAAAAUGUUCAGUGCUAUCUGUAAGCAAGACAGGCCAAUCGGGUCCUCAAUGUUUCCAAUGGUGGUCAUAUGCUGACCCCAUGGAUUGUGUCCUGUAACAAUUCCUACCAUCAACCGAACGUAUUUUCUACCAAUUUUUAGAAGAAAGUUCGACAGUUUUCUGUUCGAGCUAGUCACAAAACACUUUACAGUUCUGCAGCGUUCUAGACUGGACCAUCGCUUUUUAUGUAAACUGCAUUCCUAUUCGCAUACAUUUCUCGUUAAAACAUGUUUUAGGAAACUCACUUCAGACAGCAAAUAUUUGGUAAUACCCGUAAGCCGUAAGCUUCUUAUUUGUAAUACAAAAUGCCUAAAAAUAAUUCUGCAUACAUACUUUUAUAGUUAACUGUAUAUAUUUCAGAAAUAGUAGCUGUUUCACAUUCCAUACUCAAAAGUUGUUUUUUAAUUCGUAUAUAAUUUUAAAUAUUGUAAAUUAUUGUAUAAAUAGAAAAAGGGUGAUUUGUUGUUGUGUUAGUAUUAAUUACAUUUAUACUUUUACUACAUAGUUCUAGCG